AAAUGGGCGACGGCUGAAGGUGUUUGACUGAAAUCCAAAGUCAAAACGUUUGUUAUGCAAAUUUUAAUCUGAAUACGAUUCCCCGUCAAUAAUAAUAGUUACUCAUUAGUCAAAAACAACUAAUUAGCAACAAUAUUUGGACAAUAUUAUAAGUAUGCUGUUCUAUAACGAUAUCGUAUAAGUAUCUUUGGUGACUAUAGUUUUCGUUAAAUUCAUAUGUGUACAGCAUUAGUUUUAUGUCGACUACAAUUGAACGGCUUCGUUUGAUUUAAAAACAAACAUAUUUCAACCAAGAUGACUCUGAAAAUUAUGAGAAAUACUGGCGAGUUACUUUUAAGAAAGCAUAAUCGAUUUUACAGUAAUGCUGCGCAAAAUAGUUUUGACGUUGUGGUCGUCGGAGGUGGAAUUGUCGGUUGCGCAACGGCUAGAGAAUUGCUCGUCCGCAACAAAAAUUUAAAAGUAGGACUAGUGGAAAAAGAAAACCGACCGGCAUAUCAUCAAAGCGGACACAACAGUGGUGUCGUACACGCUGGAAUAUACUACAAGCCCGGUACGCUUAGAGCAGAGUUGUGCAUAAAAGGUUUGUACAUGACUUACGACUAUUGCGCUCGAAAUAACAUACCGUACAAAAAAUGUGGUAAGCUCAUAGUGGCUACCGACAAACGUCAAGUUAACGAUUUAAUCGCCCUUUACGAGAGAGGGUUAGAAAAUGGUACCCCCGACAUAAGACUCGUGGACGAACAUGAUAUCAAAACCAUCGAACCAUACUGUCGAGGUUAUAAAGCGAUACAUUCGCCUCAUACGGGUAUUGUCGAUUGGACGACUGUAACGCGACAUUACGCAGCAGAUUUCGAAAAGUCAGGAGGACAAUUGGUUUAUAAUUUUGGAGUGAAGUCGUUUAAGAAAGGCAAAAACGAUAGAGCGCUGGAAAUAGUCGGCAAAGAAAACAAAUCGGUAUUGGCCGAUUAUGUUGUAACGUGUGGCGGAUUACAGUCUGAUAAACUAUCGACUAUGACCGGUUGUAAAGCUGAACCGUACAUUGUGCCAGUGCGAGGAGAAUAUCUGUUGUUGAACAAACAAAAAUCAUAUCUAAUUAAAGGAAAUAUAUAUCCGGUACCAGAUCCCAGUUUACCGUUUCUCGGUGUACACUUCACUCCGAGGAUGGACGGAUCAGUGUUCUUAGGUCCAAACGCAGUUCUGGCUCUGAAACAAGAAGGAUAUGGUUGGAAAGAUAUCAGCGUUAAGAACACGUUAAGGAUUUUGAAAAUAGAUGGCGUACAGAAAUUAAUAAAAAAACACUGGCGAUUUGGAAUUAAUGAAGUAUUCAAGUCGUUCCAUCCAACAAAACAGUUAAAUGAAUUACAAAGUUAUAUUCCAAAUAUUAAAAAGGAAGAUAUUACAAAAGGCCCAACAGGAGUGCGUGCCCAACCCUUAUGGUCAAAUGGAACAAUGGCCGAAGAUUUGGUGUUAGACAUCGCUUCGGACGACCCCGACAAAGUUGUCGAAUACAGAGUAAUGCAUUGUCGUAGUGCACCAUCACCAUCGGCUACUUCAUCGUUACCAAUUGGCAAUAUUAUUGUGGACGAGUUAUUUAAAAAAUAUCCAAAAUUAAAACCCAAUCAAAAUGUAAAUUGAUUUUUAUUUUACUUGUUUAAAUUAUAUAUUAUCUGGUUAUUAAAAAAAGUGUUUUAAUCAUUUAAUAUAGUAUGUUGGUACAGUAUUAUGCAUUGUA